GCACUGAACUAACAUCCUCUACGACUCGUUUUCCCGUUUGGGUCAUGUAAGGUGCAGAGUAGGUGGGGCGAGGUCCGCGUUCCGCAGGUCAUUAUGUGCACACGUGUUGGUGGGAACGAACUUCAUCUGACCACCUGGGUUCAGCGAUAGCGAGCUGCUAUUCAGCUAUAUAGGGAGGCCCUAUCGGUGCCCUCGCGUCUACCAGUUUUAAAGACCCGGAAUCAUGAAGGUGCUUUUGGUGUUGGCUCUGGCUCAGCUGGCCGUCGGCUUUGAGCUGACCGACCCCGACUGGGUCGCCUUCAAGAGCGCCCAUGGCAAGUCCUACUCGCACCCCGCCGAGGAGGCCGCUCGUCUGGCCAUCUUCAAGGACAACCAGCGCCUGAUCGCCGAGCACAACGCUGGCAACCACUCCUUCAAGCUGGGCGUCAACAAGUUCGCCGACCUCACCAACGCCGAGUACCGCCAGCUGCUCGGCUACAAGACGGCCGAGAAGCGAGGCCUGAAGAGGUCCGGCAAGCACAUGAAGAGGGGUGUCACUGUGGCCACCAAGGACUGGCGUGACGCCGGCGCCGUCACCGCCGUCAAGGACCAGGGCCAGUGCGGCUCGUGCUGGGCGUUCUCGACCACCGGUGCUGUGGAGGGCAUGUGGGCUAUCGCUGGAAACCCCCUCGUCUCGCUCAGCGAGCAGCAGCUCAUGGACUGCUCUUACGCGUACGGCAACUUUGCCUGCAGCGGUGGCCUCCAGUCUAGCGCCUUCGACUACCUGGUGGACGAGGGCGGCAUCAUGUCCGAGGCCGACUACCCGUACACCAUGUCGUCGCACCUGCAAUGCAGCUACGACCCGGCCCAGUCGGCCGCCAAAAUCUCCUCCUGGGUGGAGAUCUCCGAGGCCGACGAGACUGAGAUGGAGGACGCCGUCGCCAACAUCGGGCCCGUCGCCAUCGGCAUCGACGCCUCUCACUUUUCGUUCCAGCUGUACUCGAGCGGCGUGUACGACGAGCCUCGCUGCCUGAGCGCUUACAACGACCUGGACCACGGCGUGCUGGCCGUCGGCUACGGCACCGAGAACGGCCAGGACUACUGGCUCGUCAAGAACUCUUGGGGCGCCAGCUGGGGCAUGGACGGCUACAUCAAGAUGACCAAGGGCAGCAACCAGUGCGGCGUGGCCACCGACUCCAACUACCCUCUUCCCUGAACACUUCUGCUAGCAAAGAAGUGCAAAAAAUAAAGUUCAACGAUUUGAUUCGCGUGUGCCUUUGACCUGUAUGUAAGCGAUAUGCCACCAAUAAAUGAGUUCACUUCA